AUGUUUCUGUCCAUUGUUCUUAUCUAUCUAUCUAUCUAUCUAUCUAUUGUUUUUAUCUAUCUCUUAUUCAUAUCUAUCUACUUAUUGGAUGAUCAUAUCUAUCUAUAUAUUGUUCUUUAUCUAUCAGAUGUUUAUAUUUAUCUAUUGUUUUUAUCUAUCUUUCUAUCUAUUGUUCUUAUCUACCUCUUGUGUAUUAUCUAUGUAUCUAUCUAUCUAUUGGAUGUUCUUAUCUACCUAUAUAUUGUACUCAUCUGUCUUUCUAUCUAUUGUUCUUAUCUAUCUCUUGUUCAUAUCUAUCUAUCAGUUGUUCAUAUUUAUCUAUUGUUCUUAUCUAUCUAUUUAUAUAUUAAUAACUAUCUUCUUAUCUAUUUAUCUGUUGUUCUUAUCUCUAUCUUUCUAUCUAUUAUCUAUCUAAUGGUUUUAUCUAUCUAUAGUUCUUAUCUAUCUAUAUAUCUAUCUCUGUAUAUAUUGUUCUUAUCUAUCUAUCCAUGCAUGUAUGGUUCUUAUCAAUAUAGUGUUCUAAUCUAUCUAUCCCUGUAUAUAUUGUUCUUAUCUAUUUAUCCCUCUAUGUGUGGUUCUUAUCUAUAUAUUGUUCUUAUCUAUCUAUCUAUCUAUCUAUCUAUCUAUCUAUCUAUCUCUGUAUAUAUUUUUCUUAUCUAUCUAUCCCUGUCUAUAUUGUUCUUAUCUAUCUAUCUAUCUAUCUAUCUAUCUAUCUCUGUAUAUAUUUUUCUUAUCUAUCUAUCCCUGUCUAUAUUGUUCUUAUCUAUCUAUCUAUCUAUCUAUCUAUCUCUGUAUAUAUUUUUCUUAUCUAUCUAUCCCUGUCUAUAUUGUUCUUAUCUAUCUAUCCCUGUCUAUAUUGUUCUUAUCUAUCUAUCUAUCUAUCUAUCUAUCCCUGUCUAUAUUGUUCUUAUCUAUCUAUCUAUCUAUCUAUCUAUCUAUCUAUCUAUCUAUCUAUCAUUCUUAUCUAUCUCAGUUCUUCAGUUCCUAUUCAUCUAUCUCUGUCUGUAUGUACAUCACAAUCUGUUUCCACGUCUCUUCAUAUUUAAUGCAUUCUUAAUCAUUCUGUUCAUAUCUAACAAGCUCUCUUUGUUCAAUCUGUUUAUCUAUCAAAGUCUAUUUUCUCAUCUUUCAAUAUCUCAUUCCAUGAACUUCCUUCUAGAGCCAGUAAUUAGAGCUCCAGUAUAG